UUACAAUGGUUCAUCUUGGUGAUGCUGCUGUACUACAAAGAAGUGCAUGGCAGGAUGAUUGAGGUCGAUUGUACCUCAAGUUGCUACUGUGACCUUUAUGAAGGCUUAAGAAGAGCCAACUGUGAUAACUCGAAGCUCCUGAAUGUAGAUGGUAAUGUUCCUAGUUACACGGAGGUAUUAGAGAUGUCUUUUAAUUAUUUAACAAUACUAAACAAUCGCGCUUUUGAGAGAAAAGACUUGGAGUCAUUAAAAUUAAUAAACAUGUCCCAUAACAAGUUACAGGAUAUAAGAAUAUAUGCGUUUCAAGGUAUGGAAAACUUGAAAACUUUAGAUCUAUCCUACAACUCUCUCCAGUACGUGCUUAUGGAGUGGUUUUGGUAUUUACCUAUACUAGAGGAAUUCUACUUGAAUAAUAACAACUUAGGUGAUUUGAAGCAACAGCCUUUAUUUGAAAGUAACACAUUGAAAGUGUUAGGUUUAGCAAGUUGCCAAAUACCAUACAUGCACAGUGAUGUUCUGUCUCUGAUUCCAAAUUUAGAACACUUGGAUAUUAGAGGCAAUUACUUGUUACAAUUAAAUCCUAACGUAAUAAAAGCACAGAAAUCUAUUAAGUUUGUCGAUAUCAAAGAUAAUAUGAUCAAAUGCGAGAAAGUGUCGGAUUUCAAUAAAUUCUGCACAAUAAAUCAGAUCCAAUUGGAUCAUAACUAUUGCCAAGUGAAGGAACAAAAGUUUCAAAGGAUUAUUGAGGUAAAGGCAAAACCUAAGGAACAAAACAGUUGGAUUAUUAAUGAAGUUUUGAAACAAGAUAAUAUCACCGAGUGUCCAAUUUGUGAUGUUGUAGUUGAGCCAAGUCUAUUGUUGGAGAUAAUAGAACUAUCUCCUACAUUAGCGAUAAUCAUCAGUUUAUCUUUGGGAAUCUUCAUAGGGAUAAUCAUAGGUUGUACAGUGGAAUGUCCAGGAGUCUCGAAAAGGAGUACAGUUAAAAGGAAUUAUCACGCUGUAAGGACGUUCGAUAACGAUUACCAAGAAAACUCCUUACUGGGAAAUAUCUACACGCAGUGUGAAUCAACGCCGAUGACAAUCAGAAGAUCUUAACUUAUCAGCUUAUACCAAUAAUAAGCUUGAUUGAAAUACAUUUUAUCAGAAAACAGUUACAAUUGAACAGUUCGAAGUAUUGGAGCUUAAGUUAAUAUUGAUUGAAAGGGAGGACGGAAUCAUUUAAAUAAACCAUGUGUAUAAGCAUUCAAUACAUGUAAAUUCAAGGAAAUUAUUCAUCCAUUUACAACUGACUGUUACAAGGGGAUUCAACGAAGCAACCAUAUUGCGUUUCUGAUAUGUUAACAAGGGUAGACGCAGUGUAAUUUACUCCAACUGUGAAGCGAAGCCAGCUCACAUUUUUUUUUCGGUGCAAUCAGUUGGAUGCGAUGAAAAUGUCAGGGAUUUUAAAUAAACAGAGACAAGAUUUACGUACAUAUUAUGUUUUUAUUAAGACAGAUAAAUUAGUUUAUUGACAUCAUAGAAGAAAUGCUAUAGAUAGAUAGUGAAUUUCUACGGAUACAGUCUCCAAUCACAAUUCGGUAGAAUCACUUUCUCAAUUUUUUUUUUGCCACUUCAUCUUUCCUAUAUUUUUUUCAUAAACUUUGACCAACCAUCGUAACAAUUCCAUAAAACCUCAAAUCUGAAAAACAACGCAUUAUAAUAUAUAUAUAAAUAUAUAUUUUUAUCUCAAAAAAAUGUUCCCAAAAUCUAUCUCAUUCCUGCCGAAUUCUUCCUAUCAGAGAGUCAUUGCUUUAAAAUUAUUCUAGAAGGUACAUAGAGUGUAGUUAAUAAAUAUGUAAUAUUUACUUAGAAUAUUAAUGCUUGCUUAAUUAUAGUGUUGAAAUAUAUAUUUUUUUAUAACAGGACAUAUUGUUUUAUUAGUAUAUGUGCAAGCAGCCAACAUUGCUAAAGUUACUUGCAACUUCCUAACAUUAAUCCCAAGCCUGUUUGAAAAUACGCAACUAUUUUGCUCAAUGAGCUCAUUUUGGAAAACAUAUUACUUGUUUACAAUGUAACUUAUAUUAAUUGAAAGAA